AUGAAACCCUUUAUCCACUUUUUCUUCCUAUUGACCCUUGUUCCACUUGUGGCUCCACUCGGCGAGCUCCCAGUCAUGGAGGACGAUGACAAUGAUGGCGUCAUCGAUGAUUCUCCCGAGACGCUGACGUCAUCUGAAUCCGCGUCGCUUCCGUUCGUAACUGGGGAUGUGACAGCGGAAGACGGGCCGAUGCCUCCAGCUGUGGUCGCUGCUCCCCUCGAUCCGCUGCCAGCAAUGAGUGUGCCACUUGCAAGACCACCAGGUCAGUUGGAAGGGUGCAAAGAGAUGGGAAAUUAGUAUGAUCUUCAGGAUUCCGUCCUCCAACGUCGUUCAAGUCAAAGAAGGAUUCCGGAGAUCAUACAGAGCACGUGAACGUCGGGGUAAGUUGUCUAGGCUCGAAACUUCAAAUACCAUAGGCUUUGUGAGCUUCGGUAGCACAUCGAGUUCAGAUUUUGCGUCAACCCCACGCAUUCGAAUCCCAAAUUGUCUCAUUUUCAGUUCGUCGUCCGUCGUGGCCGUGCAAAAGUGAUGGGCUUCUCGAGGCGGAAGACGGAAACUGACUAA